AUGCGGGAGGCGAAGCUGGAGCCCAACGUCAUUUACAACGCCGGGAUCAGCGCGUGCGGGAAUUGCAACCAGUGGCAGCGUGCUCUGGCGUUGCUCAGCGAGAUGCGGGAGACGAAGCUGGAGCCCAACGCCAUCAGCUACGGCACUGGGAUCAGCGCGUGCGAGGCCAGCGGGCAGUGGGCCAAUGCCCUGGAUUUGCUGGAGUCGAUGCUGGGAGCCCGCGUGGACCCUGCUGCUGAGAAUAGCCAAGACGAGUGCUGGUACGUGCACAACUUCGAGGCAGGUGGCCCCAAGGACGUUUUGAAACACAUCGUUCUUGUGGCGCUGCUGCAGCAAAUGGCGGCAGUUGCAGAUCCGUUCACCUUCAUUGACAUGCACGCUGCUUCUGGUGUUUACCACCUCCUCUCUGAGGAGGAGCCGUUCCGAUGCCGCUUUUUUGAGGAUGGCGUGCUCCGUCUGUCGCACCCCGACUCCUUCGGCGAGGGCGUGGUUGCAGACUACCUGGCGUCGGUGUGGAGGUGCAACCAGGCCUUGGGUGCCUCUCCAGACGAUCUGUGCCUCUACCCUGGGUCGCCUGCGCUGGCGUGGCAGUGGCUGCGGCCACAGGACAGCGCCCUCCUCUUCGAGGCCGCCGCCGAGCCUUACGAGGCCCUGAGGCGGAGCUUCGCCCUGCUCGACCCAGGGGCAGGUCUGUAUCACGCUGCUGCACGACGACUCCUACCUGCGGUGCAUUCUGGGGCCUUGGCCGGGUUCCAGCGGGCGGCAGCUGGUGCUCAUGGACCCGCCGUACGACUCCAGGUAGUCCCACGACACGUGGAACGUCUUCGUCCUCAGGCGCUUGCUCCAGACGUCGCCCUCCAGCUGCGUGGCCCUGUGGUACCCGCUGCCGGAGCGAGAGACGGGCGCCAGCCUGCACAGCAAGGUCCGGAGCGUCGUCGCGGGCCGCGUGCUCGUGGCGGAGAUGUGGUUCGAGAGCUCGGGACCGCGCGGAGGUGGUCUGCAGGGAUCGGGCGUGCUGGUCAUCAACCCGCCCUCCAGCGUCCACGCGCAGCUCCUUGCCGCGCUGCCAGGGGUCGGCGGGGCCCUGGGGGCCUCAGACUCCCGGGUGCUGUGGCUGUGAGGUCUCGUCGUCGUCGUCGUCGUUGCCCCGACACGUGGGAUGUGCUGUGCGGCCAGGCCCUGAUUUCCUGGCUCGGCUGA